UUAAGUGAGAAAACUCAGAUACUUUAGUGAAGUUUCCUCUCACUUUCUCGUGGACGGGUUUCUGCGCGGGGAGCUCCGUGUGAAGGAGAUCGGAGCAGUUUUUAAACUGCCAGCAGCUCCGUUUCUGGACAAAGAUCAUUCCCGUUAACGGAGUCACAGCUGGAACUGAAGGACGAAGGAGACGACGGUUCCACGUGUCCAGAUGUUGGAGCGGAGUCGGUGGAUGAGAGCAGAAGUUCAGCUCUGACUCAUUCCAGGAUCAGUUCAGUUGCGUCUCAGUUGGUUUUUCUUCAGACUGCAGAAUCUUCAUCUUCAACUCUUCGGACUGUUUUUAGAAACUAUGAAGGUGUGUGUGUGAGCUGAUGUGGACGUGAAUUCAGCAGAAUGGACCAGUGUGAGGACGGAGAGGACGGAGUCCUUCCCUCUAAAAGAUCUCUGUGUGGCGAACAUGAGAGUCGGAGCAAAGCUCAGAGGAACCAACCUGGACCUGGACCUGGACCUGGACCUGGACCUGGACCUGGACCUGGACCUGGACCUGGACCAGGACCUGGACCUGGACCUGGACACGGAUCUGGACCUGGAUCUGGACCUGGACCUGGACCUGGACCUGGACCUGGACCUGGACCUGGACCUGGACCUGGACCUGGACCCAGCUGUGUGUCCUUGAAGAGCGACAAGUCAAUGGAAUAUGUUAUUACCUUCAAAGGAGACCAAGGUUCUGCUGUAAAGAGGGUCCAUCAGAAAGGAGACUCUCUUGAACAUGAACCCAGCUGUUUGUCCUUGAAGAGCAACAUGUCAAAUGAUAGAUAUAUUGAAUUUAAAGGAGACCAACAGUCUUCUUCAGAGAGAGUGGACCAGCAGAUCCCAGAGUCCCCCAGUGGUCCGUCUGUCCAGCAACAUCAGACCCAGCUGGACUCCGUCUUUCAGCUGCUGGAGGACAACAUUGUCAUGUUUGUGAAGGACCAGCUGAAGAAGAUCCAGAGGGGUCUGAGUCCAGAUUACCCAGAAUCCCUAGAGCAUGUGUUGCUUGGUGAGGAUGAAGAGCAGAGGAGCAGCAGAGAGGCGUUUGUGAAGAUCACAGUGAACUUCCUGAGGAGAAUGAAGCAGGAGGAGCUGGCUAAGCGUCUGCAGAGAAUUGCAGUUUGUAAAAAGCGGCUGAAGUCUAAGCUGAAGAAGAAGUCCCGGUGUGUGUUUGAGGGGAUUGCUAAAGCAGGAAACCCAACCCUUCUGGAGCAGAUCUACACGGAGCUCUACAUCACAGAGGGAGGGACUGGAGAGGUCAACAAAGAACAUGAAGUCAGACAGAUUGAAGCAGCUUUCAGGAAACCAGACAGAGCAGAAACAGCCAUCAGACAGGAAGACAUCUUUAAACCCCCACCUGGAAGAGAUGAACCAAUCAGAACGGUGAUGACGAAGGGAGUGGCCGGCAUCGGGAAAACAGUCCUAACACAGAAGUUCACUCUGGACUGGGCUGAAGGCAGAACCAACCAGGGCAUCCAGUCCCUGCUUCCAUUCACCUUCAGAGAGCUGAAUAUGCUGAAAGACAGAAGGUUCAGCUUGGUGGAACUAGUUCAUCACUUCUUCAGUGAAAUCAAAGAAAUCUGCAACUUUGAAGAGUUCAAGAUCAUAUUCAUCUUUGACGGUCUGGAUGAGUGUCGACUUCCUCUGGACUUCCACAACAAUGAGGACCUGACUGAUGUUACAGAGUCCACCUCAGUGGACGUGCUGCUGACAAACCUCAUCAGAGGGAACCUGCUUCCUUCUGCUCGUCUCUGGAUCACCACACGACCCGCAGCAGCCAAUCAGAUCCCUCCUUACUGUGUUGACAUGGUAACAGAGGUCAGAGGGUUCACUGACCCACAGAAGGACGAAUACUUCAGGAAGAGGUUCAGAAAUAAGAAGCAGAGCAGCAGGAUCAUCUCCCACAUCAAGACAUCACGGAGCCUCCACAUCAUGUGCCACAUCCCAGUCUUCUGCUGGAUCACUGCUACGGUCCUGGAGAACGUCUUGGAGAACGUCCUGGAAACCAGAGAGGGAGGGGGGCUGCCCAAGACCCUGACUGAGAUGUACAUCCACUUUCUAGUGGUCCAGGCCAAGCUGAAGAUGGUCAAGUAUGACGGAGGAGCUGAGACGGAUGCACACUGGAGUCCAGAGAGCAGGAAGAUGGUGGAGUCUCUGGGAAAACUGGCUUUUGAGCAGCUGCAGAAAGGAAACCUGAUCUUCUAUGAACCAGACCUGAGAGAGUGUGGCAUCGAUGUCAGAGACGCUUCAGUGUACUCAGGAGUGUUCACCCAGAUCUUUAGAGAGGAGAGCAAGCUGUACCAGGACCAGGUCUUCUGCUUCAUCCAUCUGAGUGUCCAGGAGUUUCUGGCUGCUCUUCAUGUCCAUCAGAACUUGAUCAGGUCUGGAGUCAACCUGCUGGAGAAACAAAGAAACACAGAGACCGACCUCUAUCAGAGUGCUGUGGACAAGGCCUUACAGAGUCCAAACGGACACCUGGACUUGUUCCUGCGCUUCCUCCUGGGUCUUUCACUGGAGACCAAUCAGAACCUCCUACGAGGUCUGAUGACAUCAAGCCAAAGAAGUUCACAGAACAAUCAGGAAACUAUCAAAUACAUCAAGGAGAAGAUCAGUGAGGAUCUGUCUGCAGAGAGAAGCAUCAACAUGUUCCACUGUCUGAAUGAACUGAACGAUCGGUCUCUGGUGGAGGAGGUGCAAGAGUCCCUGAGGUCUGGACGUCUCUCCACAGAUAAACUGUCUCCUGCUCAGUGGUCGGCUCUGGUCUUCAUCUUACUGUCAUCAGGAGAUCUGGAAGUGUUUGACCUGAAGAAGUUCCCAGCUUCAGAGAAGGGUCUACGGAGGCUGCUGCCGGUGGUCCAAGCCUCCAAGAAAGUUCUACUGAGUGGCUGUCACCUCUCAGAGGACAUCUGUCCACUUCUGUCCUCAGUUCUCAGCUCUCAGUCCUCCAGUCUGACAGAACUGGACCUGAGCAACAACCACCUGCAGGAUUCUGGACUGGAGCAGCUGUGUCCUGGACUGGAGAGUCCACACUGUCACCUGGAGUCUCUCAGACUGAGUGGCUGUCACCUCUCAGAGGACAUCUUUCCACUUCUGUCCUCAGUUCUCAGCUCUCAGUCCUCCAGUCUGACAGAACUGGACCUGAGUAACAACCACCUGCAGGAUUCUGGACUGGAGCAGCUGUGUCCUGGACUGGAGAGUCCACACUGUCACCUGGAGUCUCUCAGACUGAGUGGCUGUAACCUCUCAGAGGACAUCUGUCCACUUCUGUCCUCAGUUCUCAGCUCUCAGUCCUCCAGUCUGACAGAACUGGACCUGAGCAACAACGACCUGCAGGAUUCUGGACUGGAGCAGCUGUGUCCUGGACUGGAGAGUCCACACUGUCACCUGGAGUCUCUCAGGCUGUCAGGCUGUCUGAUCUCAGAGGAAGGAAGUUCUUCUCUGGUCUCAGCUCUGACCUCCAACCCCUGCCACCUGAGAGAGCUGGACCUGAGCUACAACCAUCCAGGGGAGUCAGCAGCGACGCUUCUGUCUAGAGUGGAGGAUCCCCUCUGGAGACUGGACACUCUCAGGGUGGAGCCUGCUGGACAACGAUGGCUGACACCAGGUCUGAGGAAGUAUUCCUGUCAACUCACCGUCGACACAAACACAGUCCACAAAUACAUCAAACUGUCUGAUGACAACAGGAAGAUGAUGUAUGUGGGGGAGGAUCAGUCGUAUCCUGAUCAUCCAGACAGGUUUGAUUACUAUAAACAGCUGCUGUGUAGAGAAGUUCUGACGGGUCGCUGUUACUGGGAGGUCCAGUGGAACGAAAAUGUUUCUGUAUCAGUGAGUUACAGAAGAACCAGCAGGAAAGGAGACUCUAAUGACUGUAGGUUUGGAGGAAACGAUCAUUCCUGGAGGCUGGACUGUGAUCCAGGUGGUCGGUACCGUGUCCUUCACAAUACCAGAGAAACAUCCACCACCUCCUCAUCUCCAUGUCCAGACUCUGGCAGAGCAGCAGUGUACGUGGACGUUCCUGCUGGAACUCUGUCUUUCUAUGAAGUCUCUGACAGACUGAUCCACCUCCACACCUUCAACACCAGCUUCUCUGAACCUCUCUCUGCUGGAUUUAGAUUCUACAGUCCUGGUUCCUCAGCAGUGUCUCUGUGUCCAGUUUAGUCUCCAGAGUCUCCGGUCAGAGAAACUGUCUCUGUUGGAUCCUGGACUUGGACUCUGGUUCUGGUUCCUCAGAGUCUCCAUGAUGAAGAUGAUGAUGAUGAUGAUGAUGAUGAUGAAGAUGAUGAUGAUGAUGAUGAUGAUGAUUCUAGUAAAUUGGAAAAAUUGUCCCCGGUCCCCCCCGGGGACCGGGAUCCUUUAUGACUGUCCAUACAUAAUUCUUGCACACGUAUGCUUUUAGCAUGAAUCCUACGCACUCUUUUAUAAAUGAGGCCCCGUCUGCAGAGGAAAAGAUAAUCAGGACCGGCUUUGUCCCAUCAGAGAAACUGCAGACAUUAUCCAGAUCCCUCCGGAUCCUUUCUGAGCUUAUUCUAUUUAUUAUAAGUCUGAGUUACCAAAGAUUUUAAUGAUUUUUUUUUAGAUAAGUGAAUCAUAAACAUGAAUUUCAUCUGAUUUUAAUUCAUAUCCAACAAGACACAGUGGCAAUCUUCAUUUAGCCUUCUGUCCAAAGUCUGGUCAUCAAUUUAAUAUAACAUUUAGAUCCAAAACUUUGGAAUGACUUGAAUGAGUCGCUGAAGUCGACAUUAUCUUUUACCUCCUUCAGAAAGUUAUUAAAGACAUCUUAUUCUGUCUUAACCUUCAAUGGGCCCGAUUUACUAAAGGUUUGCGUGCGUUAAAACGUGUGCAAACUUGACAGCACCCGCAAAUCAAAGUGCCAGCUGAUCUACUAACGGCGUGCAAAGACGACUGCGUCUCUGAAAUGAGCUAAAUUGCACACGCUGUUCAUUUAGUACUUUUGCCCUGAUGAAUAAUCAAUAUGGUACGAUCACCGUUUGUUUAGUUUUUUUGGUUCGGUUGGUUUGGUUUAGUGUUUUUAUUUGAUAUUCUUCACCUGUAAAUACUAUUAUUUACUGGAAUGUUGACGUUUGAUCAUAAAUGAGAUUUUCAUCUCA